AUGCUGUUCUACAUCUUCGACACCACUAGGGCAAUUGAAUACAAAGCAAGCAACAAUGCUACUGCCUUCUGGCCUCUGCUGCGUUCACCGCCGCGGAGGGUGUUGAAUACGAGGUCACCAACAACCGUCGGCACCCCCGGCGGCACCAUCUUCGACGAUAAGCUUGGGGUGGACUACAGCAAGCGAGUUCUGGCCGAUGCCUCCGCCUUCGUGUGGACGACCUUCCAACAGUCCUCUGAAGCAGACCGGAAGAAUGUGCAGCUCAUAACUCUCAGCAUCGAGAACUUAAACCGAGACGACGUCGUCGCGUUGACGAGCAACAACAUGAUCCAGUACAACGCCAAGUUCAUCGCCGACGGGAAUGUCGACGACCUGAACAGAGGCUUCGAAGGCGUCCUUUAUCACGAGGUGACCCACGUUUGGCAGUGGAACGGGAACAACGCAGCCCCGGGAUGGCUGAUAGAAGGCAUCGCAGACUUUGUCAGGUUGAAGGCCGGGUAUGUGCCGAGCCACUGGGCGAAGCCCGGCGACGGGAAUAGUUGGACGGAGGGCUAUUCCGUGACUGCUCGAUUCCUCGACUACUGCAACGGUCUUAAGGGUGGUUUUGUGACCCAACUCAAUGCCAAGAUGAGGGAUGGGUAUAGUGAUGACUUCUUUGUGGAGCUUCUCGGCAAGCCGGUGGAUCAGCUUUGGAACGACUACAAGGCCCAGUAUGGAAGCUGAUGGGAUGGACGAGGUUCAUCCACGUCAUGACAUAUAUAAUAGAGAAUAAGAUCAAGUUAUGAUCCUACAUAUGAUUUGUACCAUUAUAUAUGGCAUGGUCAUGCAUGAUGUAUCAUCUGUUUAAAAUAUAUUCUAGUUAGAAUAUAUCUACAGAGUUCAAAAUUCCAAUGGUCCAUGUAGUAUGUAAUAUUCUAGAUUAAUAUAUAUAUGAAC